CACUCAAGUAGAAACUGAUUGGAGGAAAGAUCAGAGGAACGGAGGAGAGGAGCUGGAGGAGAGUGAAGACGCCAAAGUUUCCUUCAGCAGGAUGCCUCAGAAAGAUUACCGGAGUCAGAGCAGCUGGGAGAGCGGCGUGGCCUCCAUCAUGCACAACAGUCACAGCGGCGUGAACCAGCUGGGGGGCGUGUUCGUGAACGGCAGACCUUUACCAGACUCAACCAGGCAGAAGAUCGUGGAGCUGGCCCACAGUGGAGCCCGGCCGUGUGACAUAUCCAGGAUCCUGCAGGUGUCCAACGGCUGCGUCAGCAAGAUACUGGGCCGCUACUACGAGACCGGCUCAAUCCGUCCUCGGGCCAUAGGAGGCAGCAAACCCCGGGUGGCCACCCCUGAGGUAGUGGGGAAGAUCGCUCAGUACAAGAGGGAGUGUCCGUCCAUCUUCGCCUGGGAGAUCAGAGACCGCCUGCUGGCUGAGGGCGUCUGCUCCAACGACAACAUCCCCAGCGUUUCGUCGAUAAACCGGGUCCUCAGGAACUUGACCAGUGACAAGCAGCAGGGGGGCACCAUGGGGGCUGAAGGCAUGUUUGACAAACUGAAGAUGAUCAACAUACAGUCCAGCUGGGGAGGAAGGCCGGGCUGGUACACCGGGACGACCCUCUCUGCCUCUGAGUGUCCUCAGGCGGACGGAGGCGAGAACUCCAUCUCGGUGAGCUCCAACGGUGACGACUCAGAGGAAACCCAGAUGAGGCUGCAGCUGAAGAGGAAGCUGCAGAGGAACAGAACCUCCUUCACGCAGGACCAGAUAGAAGCUCUGGAAAAAGAAUUUGAAAGGACCCACUACCCAGACGUGUUUGCCCGUGAACGGCUCGCCAACAAAAUCGACCUUCCUGAGGCCAGAAUACAGGUUUGGUUCUCCAACAGACGAGCGAAAUGGAGAAGAGAGGAGAAGCUGAGGAACCAACGGCGGCACGUGUCCACCUCCUCCAGCCACAUUCCCAUCAGCAGCAGCUUCAGCACCAGUGCUUACCAGCCUCUACCCCCACCGGCAACACCAGUGUCUUUUUCUUCAGGGUCCAUGCUCGGCCGGUCCGAUCCAGUUCUGUCCAGCAGCUACAGCCUACCAGCUGUUCCCACUUUCAGCAUGGCAGCCAGCCUGCCAAUGCAGGCCUCCAACCAGACCUCCUACUCCUGCAUGCUACCUGCCAGCCCUACAGUCAACAGCAGGACUUAUGAGACGUAUACUACACACAUGCAGCCACACAUCAGCAGCCAGCCAAUGACGUCCUCUGCAGCAUCGUCAACAGGUCUGAUUUCUCCGGGGGUCUCAGUUCCCGUCCAGGUUCCAGGAACUGAAGCAGACAUGUCACAGUACUGGCCCCGACUCCAGUGA